AUGGCUUCCCUUAAUGAAAUUGAGGGCCGCCUCGCUCUGAUAACGGGCGCUUCUUCGGGCAUAGGCGCAGCAUGUGCCCGUAGACUUGCACGACGAGGCGUCCACCUUGCACUAACCUACUCCAAAAAUCUCGAUGGAAUGCGCGCUGUAGUCGACGAUAUCAAACGGCUUAACCUCACUGCUGCAGGGUGCCCGCUGAGAGUGUCAAUCCAUCAAGUCGACGUUGGUGUCUCCGAGCAGAUCAGCCGCAUGUUCGAGGAGAUUGAGCACGAGCACAUGCAAACCCCUGACAUCCUUGUAUCGAAUGCAGGUUACGGCAAGCGCAUCUCACAGAUAUGGGAUAUCCCGUUGGAGGAGUUUGAUUAUACAAUCAAUGUGAAUUUACGUGCAUCGUUCCUUUUGGUGAAGGGGGUUGUGGGGCGGAUGAAGGAGCAGCGAUGGGGUCGGAUUGUGUUCAUAUCUUCCAUUGCGGCAUAUGGUGGAGGCAUUAACGGAUGUCACUAUGCGGCGUCCAAAGGCGGUUUGGCUGGCAUGGUGAAAAAUCUUUCAACCCGCCUUGCCGAAUAUAACAUCAGCGUCAACGACGUCGCCCCUGCGAUGAUCGGAGAAACAGGCAUGAUCCCCAACGCCCAAGCAAUUCCGGAUGUUGCAGCUAGCAUUCCUCUGGGCCGGUUGGGAUUACCCGAGGAGGUUGCCAAUGUCGUGGAAAUGUGUGUGCAGACGGGUUACCUAACGGGCCAGAGUGUAGUGUUGGCGGGAGGCUUGAAGUGA